UUUGCCCAAUGGAAACUUCAUACGUCACUUCCGGUCAGCUGUCGCUUCCGGAAGCGGUGUAACAGUGUAGAAAUAGGAAAACACCGCAGGUACAUGGAUUAAUUAAAAAGGAAGGACGUUAUCAGGCAAGUCAGAGAAGACACCAGGACUGCCAAGAAUGGAUCCACGGAUACAAAUUCAAAGACUGGAAACUUUGUGCUGACAGUUUUUUUUACGUCAGCUGUCCAAGAACAAGCGUUGUUUGUUCGGAGUAGUCGUGUUUAUGUCUUCUAGCUAGCUUAAGCCAGGGUUAGCUAGUACGCAGACAAAUAGCUUUUUCCUGAGAUCAUAAUAGGACGUGUAGCUGCCGUUUUCUUUGAUAUAUCAUCCGCCGUUUUUCAUUGUUACAAGAGAAGGCUGAUGUUUACUGGCUCGACUAUAAUUGAAAAACUUCGAAGUGUGUUUGGACUCAGUUAUAAUCGCUAUAUCUUCACCGACAACAAUAAAAUUUUUAUAUAUAUAGAAAUUAAACAAAAAAACGUAAUUUUAAAUUAUCUGUGACACGUUUAAGGAAGUGCACACCGUAUCUGUGAUUAUUCGUUUGCUAUUCUACAAAAUGGAUGGAAUCUGGACUUCAGUCACCUCAAAGAAAACACUGAAGAUAGUUUGUAAAUAACAUUUCCCUGUCAGCCGCUAGGCUCCAGUACUUUUUCCUUGUUUUGCUGACAGCGCACUUAAACAGUAUCCUGUAUUUGAAUGUGGCAGAAGUGAAGGACGGCCUUCUUGUUCUUUAGUUUGUUUAACAUACUUAAUUUCUGCACGCCUAAAGUUCUUCAGCACAACAGGUAAGUCUGCCUACUUUAUAAGUUAAAAAAAUGUAAUGGAAUCAGUUUUAGGAAUUAUGUUACUGAAGCUGACUCAAUCAAGACAUCUUUACUGUUUUUAUUAGGAUGGAACACAUGUAUGUUUUCUACUACCUCCCAUAGUGCCACAGAUCUCAGAGGCCAGAAUAACUCAUUUGAUGACUGUCAGUUCGUGGAGACAUUCAGUUUAGUUUGGUAGAAGAAUUAAGGUGUUUAUUAGAUUAGUAGCGUUAAUCACGUUGCAAAUAUGGUGAAAAAAAAGUUUAUCAUUACUGUCAAUCUAAGUGCCUUUAACAUUACAUUGUAAUAAGAGUCUCAUUGUGUUAACAUGGCGAUGGUGUAGAUUCAUUAGCACAGUGAUCCUCUUGUCCUCCUCCUGCACAGUGAAGGAUGAAUGGCCUCUCUCUCAGUGAGCUCUGCUGCCUUUUCUGCUGCCCGCCUUGCCCAAGUCGCAUAGCAGCCAAGCUUGCCUUUCUACCCCCGGAGCCCACCUACACCUUUCUACCAGACCCAGAGGCAGGCCCUGCUGCACCAGGUGCAACUGGGACAUCAAGUGUGCGUGCACGGAGCGGGGCAUCAGUUGCAGGAAGUGGUGGAACAGGGGCUGUGGAAGGGAGAUGGAAGCUUCACCUGACAGAAAGAGCAGAGUUUCAGUACUCACAGAGAGAGCUGGACACGAUAGAGGUGUUCCUUACUCGCUCCAGCAGAGGCAACAGAGUUGGUUGUAUGUACAUUCGCUGCGCACCUAAUGCCAGAUUUACCGUGCUUUUCUCCCAUGGCAAUGCAGUUGACCUCGGCCAGAUGAGUAGUUUCUACAUUGGCCUUGGCACUCGCAUCAACUGCAACAUCUUCUCUUACGACUACUCAGGCUACGGCGUCAGCACGGGCAAACCCACAGAGAAGAAUCUUUAUGCAGACAUUGAUGCUGCUUGGCAUGCCCUGCGUACGCGGUAUGGCAUCUGCCCUGAGAACAUCAUCCUGUACGGACAGAGCAUUGGUACAGUUCCCGCUGUUGACCUGGCAUCACGGUAUGAGUGCGCUGCUGUGGUUCUUCACUCACCGCUAACAUCUGGGAUGAGAGUGGCCUUUCCUGAAACAAAGAAAACCUACUGCUUUGAUGCUUUCCCCAACAUUGAGAAAGUAUCCAAAAUUACCUCUCCGGUACUCAUCAUCCACGGGACAGAAGAUGAGGUGAUAGACUUCUCACAUGGCCUAGCUCUGUUCGAGCGCUGCCCCAAGGCCGUGGAGCCUCUCUGGGUGGAGGGAGCGGGACACAAUGACAUUGAAUUGUACAGCCAGUAUCUGGAGCGCCUGCGCAGGUUCAUUGGACAGGAGUUGGCAGUACAACACGCUUGACCAUCACAAGCACCGUCAUCAUUUUUGCCAUUUUGCCCCCCACCCUGUCAACUUAAAGUUUCACCUAUGUGGAUUUUUGGAUUUUUGUCCAAGAGUCAUCUAAACCAUCUUAGCUCUUCACACACAUCGUAAUGCUUGUUUUUGUCAUUUUUAGGGCACAGUUCAACUUUAAUGGAUUGUGGAAUGAUCAGACAAAGACACAAAAAGUCUUCAUAAUCCCAGUGUGUGAGUGUAAAAGACAACUUUUAGACCUUUUUUUUUUAUUUUUUUUUCCUUUCAUAAUCAGUACAGCUAUGCGUAACCAUGGCAACAAAUAUACCAUACUGUGCAAUAGCAUGGACAGUGUCCACAGGAAAAAGGCUUUUGUCAGAAAAACAGAAAGAAUCAUGCGGAUUAACUACUUCAGCUCUCCAUCCUACUAACACAGUGUAUGUUUGUGCAUAACUUUAUUUUGCUAACUUAAGUUGACAGAUUAACAGUGAAGAAUCAGAAGCACUUUUGAAGUCUCUGCUCUCAGAUGGGGAAUAUUUAGUUUUUUUCUUAAAACAGCAAAUAAGAUACUAAGUAUGAUUUUACCUUGAGUUACCACUUUAUAUUUACUUGAUUGUUAACACAACUGUACAAUCAAGAGCAGUAAUUACAAAAGCAUAGUAAUACAUCAUGUUCUUUUGUCAUUUGUAGCUUUGAUUUUGGUUGAUGUAGCCGUAGACUUUUUAUUUUGGAUGGUAAGUUUAAUAUUUUGUGUCUCUUAUGUAUGUCCUUUGGGGGUGGUCAAAACUUGUGGUUGGUCUGAUUUCUGUGAGAACUGAAAGUGAAACACAGGUGAUAUAUACACUGAUUUGAGUUUGUAUUGUGAGUCUUUAAUUUAGCUUUUACUGUACUAAAUGUUUUGCUCAGGUUGUAGACGCUAGUGUCAGUCUGUUCCAAACUUGUUGUAUAUGUUGUCAGAUAAAUCUGUUCAGAUCCAUGGAGCAAAGAUUUCUGACAGCAGCACCAAGUAAUGAAGCAAACUUUGAUCCUUAAACAAAUGGUACAGAUCAAACCAAGCAUUUGGUGAGCUGUUGUCCUCGGUAUCUCCUCUGAAACGCUUUUGGAUCACAGAGCUGGAGCAGGAUGAGCUGUAUUGGAAAGAUAACUUCAGAAUCCCUGCUGUUCCUUCACUAGAAUGUGUGAGAAUCUGUUAGUCCUGUCCUUUUUGGUUUAGUCCUGCUUAUGUCUGAGUCCAAUAGGUCACAGCUGUCAACAAACAUCCUGUUUCCUACAGUUUCUGGAAGAGAGAAGCAACAUUAAACAGGCCUUGAUUGUCUCUUUUCUGUCUUAAAUAACAAAAUCUUGUAACACUAAUAUUGUAAAAUUUCACUCAGUCUUGAGGCACAUUUGUGCCAGUGAAUAAAAAUAAUGGAGUUGUGUUUUUUUCUCUAUUUGUUGGCUAAAUUUAAAAAGGAAAAAAAUUUGGGAAAACUUUCUCACUUUAAUUAUUAAUGAUAUUCUGAUAAUGUCAGUCAUUGCCACUAUUUAUUAAAUAGGCACAAGCAAGUUUUGUUUCAAAGCUUCAACUGCAUUAGGAAAGAGCCGCGCAGGCACAGCUAUCUACUGCCACUCUGUGCUGUGUUGUCAAGGCAAACUAAACAUCAAACAGCCUUCUUGUAAAUGUUCAGCAUCUUUUCAAGUCUCUUUCCCUCAGUGCUGCACAGUCUUUGUAUCAACUUUAAUAUUUUUAUCACACCAAGUCUUGAUUCUGGCUCAGAAUAUAGUCUGGUUUUUUAUCUGCAAAUGCAAGUAUUUUCCCUGGUGGUCUUUCAUGACAAUAUAGAGGAGAAAAUAUACAAGAACAUGUUCUGGGUGCCCUGUUCAAGUCAUUUUAGGUUACUUCAAAAUGUCAGUUAUAACUCCCCCACUCUAUCCCUUUGGUUUAUUUUUUAGAGUCUUCCCUGUUUUUAGACUGUCAUCAUGAUGGAGUUUAUAUGACACCAAAGUAUAAUACAUAACCAAAAUGAUUGUACUGAUGGUUAAAAUGCAAAGGAGUACUUUUUUCUUUUUCUUUACCUACCUGAAUUGUUGUAUUUGACCUUUGUGCUCUAAGAGCACUUCUAGCUGAAAGCUUAGAUUUUUUUUUUUUAUUUUAUUUUUUAGAAACAUGACCAUCUUCAGGGCUUCUUGUCAAUUUAUGAACCAAAGUUGGCUUGCUUUUAGCUCUUCAUGUUCAGUUUUUUAGCAGCUUUUUUUUUAUUCUCUAUAUUUUGCCGUUACACAUCUGGAUACAAAGUCAGUCUAAAUUCUCAAUCUUGUAAAAUGUCUUAUCUCCCCUCACAUAUGCAGGGACACAUAAUCAACAUCAUAAAUGACUCAUUUUUUCUUCAAGCUGUUUUUAGUUUAUCAUUUGAGAGGAAGCUUAGUAAAAAACAACAAAUGUGUGUGCGUUUAAAUAGGUUAUGAAAAAGUGUGUGAGGUGAUGAAAGACUGACGUGAAGGGGGGGUUUCAAGCAGAACUGUUGAGGACUGGUGUAACAGUUGUGGGUGUCAUGUUCACAUACUCUUUUCCAUCAUUUGUUAUACUGGCAAAUGUUUAGUUUUUAAAGGUGUCAUUUUUCCAAGAGUUAGAGAAAAUUAAGUUAAAUAAAACAUAACUAGAAGUUAA